UAGUUUUUGUUUCUUUUUAGGUAAAAAAAAAACUCCUUUUGAAUCAUCUUUAAUCCUUUAUCACCAUCUUCAACAAUCACCUUGAUUAUCAUCAUCAUAUUCAUCUCAUCAUACUCAGUGUUGCUGAUGCUACAAGCAAAGCAAAAUAUCAUAUAAAUCUAAAAUAUUAAUUUAAUAAAUUAACAACUAAUUAGGUUUCUUUUUAUGUGGUGUUAAGUAUAAAUUUUCAUUGGUUUGUAUACGAUAUACUAGAAAAUCAAUCAUCAAAUAUUUGCAGUUUGUUUUCCUCUUUUUUUUUUGUCAAAAUUGUUUUCCUCUUCAUCUUCUGAACUUUACUUGUUUCGUUAUUCCUUACAUGCAAUUAAAUAUCCAAGAUGAUAUUAUACAAAUGAAGCAAUACUUAAACAGAAUUUUAUUUUAGUUACUCUUGUUCGAAAACAAGAGUUACUCGAUCUAGUGCACGAAUCUAAUUAAAUAAUUUUUAACUAUUAUCAUAUGAUAAUUGGGAAUUGUUUGGUUUGUUUCACUGAUUUUAGUUUUUGGGAAAUUUCAAUUAUAUACCACGAAUCUAAAUAAAAAUGAAUUAUUCUCGAAGAAAGAUAGUUUACCAUGUGACUGGUCAUAAUCAUAUAUAAAUGUAACAAAACUAUUUCUUGUCAUAAGUAAAUUAAUGUAUGACGUUCUGUCAAUUCUGAGUGUAAUUUAUCCUCUUAUAAACUAAGCAUAGACGCUAAGACGCACAAUCAUAACCAAAUCACGUAAUUAUGUAGUAAAUGUAACUAGCUAUAACAUUAUAUCUUGUGUUCUUAGGUGCAUGAUUUUAUUUCCAAUUUGUUUGAUGCUAUUUUCUUAUAAGCAGGUUACUAAUCUAUCACGAAGACAAAGGAUGAAUUCAUUUUCCCUCGUUCCUCCGGGUUUUAGAUUUCACCCAACAGAUGAAGAACUUGUCGACUACUACCUAAGAAAAAAAGUUGCAUCAAACAGAAUAGAAAUCGAUUUUAUCAAGGACAUUGAUCUUUACAAGAUUGAGCCAUGGGAUCUUCAAGAGUUGUGCAAAAUUGGGCAUGAAGAGCAGAGUGAUUGGUACUUCUUUAGCCAUAAAGACAAGAAGUAUCCCACAGGGACUCGAACCAACAGAGCAACAAAAGUAGGGUUUUGGAAAGCCACUGGAAGAGAUAAGGCUAUAUACUUGAGGCAUAGUCUUAUUGGUAUGAGGAAAACACUUGUGUUUUACAAGGGAAGAGCCCCAAAUGGACAAAAAUCCGAUUGGAUCAUGCAUGAAUACCGCUUAGAAACUGAUGAAAAUGGAACUCCUCAGGAAGAAGGAUGGGUCGUGUGUAGGGUUUUCAAGAAGAGACUAGCUGCAGUUAGACGAAUGGGAGAUUAUGACUCAUCGCCUUCACAUUGGUAUGGAGAUCAGCUCUCUUUUAUGGCCUCUGAGCUCGAGACAAACGGGCCACGGCGGAUUCUCCCCAAUCAGCAGCAGCACCACCAGUACGAGCACCAACAGCAGUUACCAUAUGGCCUCAAUGCAUCUGCUUACAUUCUCAAUAAUCCUAACUUGCAAUGCAAGCAAGAGCUAGAGCUACAAUACAACCACCUGGUACAACAUGAUCUUCUUCAUGAAUCCCCUUUAUCAGUAAUUCAACUUCCUCAGCUUGAAAGCCCUAAUAUCCAACAAGCUAAUUGUAGCAACUCUCUUCCUUACGGAACAAGCAACAACGAUAAUAACUCGAGUGAGAUUGCUAACUUGCAGCAGUCAAAUCUCGCACAUGAAGAGCAAAUUAAUCAAGGGAAUCAGAGUUUCAGCUCUCUAUACAUGAAUAGCGGGAACGAGCAAGCGAUGGACCAAGUCACAGACUGGAGAGUUCUCGAUAAAUUUGUUGCUUCCCAGCUCAGCAACGAGGAUGCGGCCACAACUUCUGCUUCUCUACAGAACAAUGCUAAGGACACAAGCAACGUGGAGUGCCAAGUUGAUGAAGAAAAAGAUCAGAAGAGGGUUUCAGACAUGGGAGACGAAUAUGCCGCUUCUACAUCUUCGAGUUGUCAGAUUGAUCUAUGGAAGUAAGCAAAAAGAGAUGACUUUAUCAUAUAAAUGCAUAUAUACAUAUAUCUAUAUACGUACACGCGAACACUAAUCAAGUGUAGAGAUGACGAUGGUACAGAUUUAUAUUUUGUUUGAUUGAUUCGUACUACAUUAUUGAACUUAUAUAUGUUAUAUGAAUAUGUACAUGGCGUAUAGAUGCAUACAUACUUGUACUCGAUAUGAUUAAACCAUAUAUACUCUAAUCUAAGUCAUGUAACUCCAAUAUUUUCUAGUAAACAGUUGUGCCUUAUUAUUUGUCA